AUGUCCAAGGAAUGUAGUGUUCCUUUCCACACAGUAGCUUUUUUCUUCUCUCUUUCCUCCUCCUCUGUUCUCUCUCUCUCUCGCUCUUUCCUCCUCCUCUGUUCUCUCUCCUUUCUCCUCCUCCUCUGUUUCUCUCCCUUUUCCUCCUCUGUUCUCUCUCUCUCUCUCGCUCUUUCCUCCUCUGUUCUCUCUCUCUCUCUCUAUUUUCUCUCUCUCCUUUUCCUCCUCUGUUCUCUCUCUCCCUUUUUCCUCUGUUCUCUCUCUCCUUUUUCUCUCUCUCUCCUUUUUUCCUCCUCUGUUCUCUCUCUCCUUUUCCUCCUCUGUUCUCUCUCUCCUUUUCCUCCUCUGUUCUCUCUCUCCUUUUCCUCCUCUGUUCUCUCUCUCCUUUUCCUCCUCUGUUCUCUCUCUCCUUUUCCUCCUCUGUUUCUCUCUCUUUUCUCUCUCUCUCUCCUUUUCCUCCUCUGUUCUCUCUCCUUUUCCUCCUCUGUUUCUCUCUCUCCUCUGUUCUCUCUCUCUCCUCCUCCUCUCUCUCCUUCUCUCUCUCUCCUCCUCCCUGUUUUUCUCCUCUCUUCUCUCUCUCUCUCCUCUCCUCUGUUUUCUCUCUCUCUCUCUCUCCUCCUCUGUCCUCUCUCCUUCCUCUGUUUCCUCUCUCUCCUCCUUCUGUUUUUCUCUCUCUCUCUCCUCCUCCUCCUGUUUUUUCUCUCUCUCUCUCCUCCUCCUCCUCUGUUUUUCUUCUCCUCCCCUCCUCCUCUGUUUUUUCUCUCUCUCUCUCCUCCUCUGUUUUUCUCUCUCUCUCCUCCUCUUUUCUCUCUCUCUCUCUCUCUCUCUCCUCUCCUCUCCUCCUCUGUUUUUUCUCUCCUCCUCCUCUGUUUUCUCUCUCUCCUCCUCCCCUCCUCCUGUUCUCUCUCUCUCCUCCUCCUCCUCUGUUUUUUCUCUCUCUCUCUCCUCCUCCUCCUCUGUUUUUUCUCUCUCUCUCUCCUCCUGUUUUUUCCUGUUCUCUGUUUUUUUCUCUCUCUCCUCCUCCUCCUCCUCCUCCUCUCUGUUUUUCUCUCUCUCUCUCCUCUCCUCCUCCCUCUUCUCUCCUCCUCUUUUUUCUCUCUCUCCUCCUCCUCUGUUUUUUUUCUCUCUCUCUCUCUCUCCUCCUCCUCUGUUUUUUUCUCUCUCUCUCACUCACACACACUGUUGUGCUUUCAACAGCUGAGUUGA